CGAUGCUGUGAGCGGCGCUCGAGGCCAGCGCCAACAUGGCGGCGCCCCCCGGGGACCCCGGCGGCUAUUUCCGGUGCACCAGCCGCUUUUGGAUGGGCGUCAUCGCCAUCUGCAUAGGCUACUUCGCUUGGGCAGUCUUUUUACCUUCAACAAUACCCUACGAGAAUCUGGGACAAUUUGGCCAUUUUACUAAAUAUUUAGUGGACAACCACCCCAAACUGCUAUAUAAUGGGAGAGCACAAGUGACCACAGAGAGCUCAUCAGCACAGAUAACCAUGCAGGCCGAUAAUCGAAAAAGAGCACCAGCAUGGACCGUACGGGAGAUACUGGAUCUGAUCACUAUAUGGGGAGAGGAUUCAGUGCUAGCAGAACUUCGUUCGAAAAGACGAAAUGCCAAAACUUUUGAAAAAAUCUCCAAGGGCAUGAUGGAGAGAGGCCGCAAUAGGGACUCAGAGCAGUGCCGCGUGAAAGUCAAGGAGCUCAGACAAGCCUAUCAGAAAACAAAGGAGGCAAACGGUCGCUCCGCGUCAGAGCCGCAGACAUGCCGCUUCUACGCUGAGCUGCGUGCAAUUCUGGGGGGGGCCGCCACCACUACCCCACCUCUGACCGUGGAUUCCGAGGCCGGGGUAAUCUCAUCAGCCACACCUGAGGAAUCUGCGGACGGGGAAGAGGAGGAGGACGAGCUUGCGGAGAGCACACAGCACUCCGUUCUCCCCAACAGCCAGGAUCUUUUUCUCAGCCUGACUGAAGUACCCUCCCAACCCUAUACCCAAGACCAUGACCCCAUGGAAGGGACCUCAGCAGCUGCAAAUUUUUCAAGCCUCCCUCCUCCAUCCCGAAGGCUAUCUCAGAUAAGGCGGAGGAGAAAGAGGACGUGAGACGAGAUGUUCUCGGAAAUAAUGGAAUGCACCCGCAAUGAAAGAGCUCAUUUGAAUGAGUGAAAGGACACGGUAUCUAAGUACAGGAAAGAUGCCAGUGAACGUGAGGUCAUGAGGGACGCUCGAGAGGAGAGGUGGCAGGCUGCAACGCUGGGGCUGCUGCAUGAUCAAACGGACAUGCUCCGGUGUCUGGUGGAGCUUCAGGAACGGCUGCAGGAUAACAGAGUGCCGCUGCAGCCGCUGUAUAACCUCCCUCCCCCCUCACCGUGUUCCAUAGCCUCCUCACCCAGACGUGUAAGAAUGCGGGGGGGGGGGGAAGGAGGAGGCUCCAUGCACCCUCCCACUCCACCCUAGUGGACAGCCCAACCAAAAGGCUGUCAUUAUAUUGAAUUUUUUCAGUGGCCUUUUACUUCCCUCCUAUCCUCCUCCCAAACCUCAUCCGGGUUACCUUGUCGGUUCUCUCCCUACGUUUAUAAUCAAUUAAUAAAG